GUUAUUUUCACAUACUCUAAACAGUAGCCUGCAUCUCUUCGUCGCUGCUGUGGGUUGUUCAGUCCCUUUACGCCGGGUGUUACGCCUCACUGGACUAUAGAGCGAGGACCCAGCACUUCUUCCCCCUAGCCCUGAACUAUUUCAGGCUCUCAUUAAUCCCGGACUGUUUUGGACCGAACGUCAUCCUGCAUUUGUUUACAAUAGAAGUCUGGACCACUUUUCUUGGUUUUUGCACGUUUGGAUCUAUUCCUCCCCAGACGCGCUUUAAGAUGCAUGUGGGGCGCAAAUCGUGUUGGAGGCAGCUGCAGGCUUCUUUUUUCAGACUGCUCUGUCUUAUCCCCACAGGAUUCCCCGUCCGGAGUGUGGAUAUGCAGCGGGCCACCGACAACAUCACCAUCCGCCAGGGAGACACGGCUAUUAUAAGGUGUUAUGUUGAUGACAAAGUGUCCAAGGUGGCCUGGCUUAAUCGAUCCAACAUCAUCUUUGCCGGUGAGGACAAGUGGUCCCUGGACCCCAGAGUAGGCCUAGUGACUAAAGGGCAACUGGAGUACAGCCUACGCAUACAAAAGGUGGAUGUAUAUGAUGAGGGCUCAUACACCUGCUCUAUACAAACCAAGCAGCAGCCUAAGACCUCACAGGUUUACCUCAUCGUACAAGUUCCAGCCACAAUCUACAAGGUGUCAGAAGACAUCAUCGUAAAUGAGGGCAGCAACGUGACACUCAGCUGUUUGGCAAGUGGCAGACCGGACCCUCUAAUCACCUGGCGGCUGCUCAACCCCUCAGCCGAGCCACUGGAUGGAGAGGAGUACCUGGACAUUAUAGGCAUCAUGAGAAACCAAGCUGGUCGUUACGAAUGCAAAGCCAGCAACGACGUCGCCACACCUGAUGUCAAAUAUGUCAAUGUGGUUGUUAACUACCCUCCGUCAAUAAGGAAAACCUUGAGCUCGGAGCCUCCAGUGGGCCGCCUGGGAACCCUGCAGUGCGAGGCAGCAGCUGUGCCCACACCGGAGUUUGAAUGGUUCAGAGAUGACAAAAGGCUGUCUAAUAUCCAGGGCAUCAAUAUCCAGAUUCUUGGUGGUAACACUAUCCUCAUGAUUGCCAAUGUCACUGAAGAAGAUUAUGGCAACUACACCUGUGUGGCCUCAAACCGUCUGGGUACUCAGAGUGCCAGCGUUUUCCUCUAUAGACCCGGGACAGGUAGAGACAUUAACGGCUCUACCUGUGCAUCUCUAUCACUGUGGCUCCUGAUGGCCUCCUUUGCCUGCCUUUUCUUUAAGUGUUAAUACCAUCAUCUAGCUCUCUUGUUGACCCGACUCCCUCUACCGCCCCCUCCUUCUGAUCUUCAACUCACUGACGUGCUUGUCGCUACCUUAUUACCAAGGCUGCCGCCUCCCUCCCGCAGACUGCAUCACGAUACAAAAAUACUAUGUGCUCUAGAGCACUCUUGAGCACGGCUUACAGAUAUUAUGAGAAGCGAUGGGUUAUGAAGAAGCAAAUUGUUUUACCAACAAAUAAAAACAGUGGAAUGAAGGACAGAACAAGCAGUGCUCUUACAAAGAUUUCUGUUGUUGUUUUUAAUUUGUUUGCACUACUUUGUGUCUGUAACAUCUUGGUUUUGGUUCUGGAUUUGUAUUUUUUUCCUCUUUAGUUUUCAUGGGGAUAAAAACAGAAGCAUCCCAAAAACUGGUAUACCAACAAUCAGCUCUCUCGAGUACAUCUUACUUUCUUAAAUGUAUUGUGUUAAUGUCUGUUUAUUCACUGUAUUGAUUAGCAACAUGCUAAAUAUCUGUCAAAUAUACAUAGAGAUUCGAAACUAAUGUGCAAAACCUAAAGUGGAAACUACUGUAUCUGAUUUUUGGUUGAAAUGAGAGCUUGGUAAUGAAUGUGUUCAACCAUAACUUGAUGCUACUUGGCUGGAACACAGAUACAGAACCUUAGCAAGACAGCUGUCCACUCAGUAACUUUUGGCCCGUCGCAGUCGAUCUUAGAAAGGAAGAUGCAGUGAAUGGAUCCUUCUGAGCUAAACCAUCCUUUUGCGUCCUUAUCCAGUGGCUUUGCUACUCCUCACCUUUAUUAAAAAAGAAAAAGAUGAACACACAAAAAAAGAAACCCAUGUAGGUUAAAAUAAUGCGUACUGUACAUAGUUAAAUUUUGUAUCUCUCUAAGACAAGUUGUGCCACUGUAACACCAGGAUUUCAGAGAACAUAGUUUCAGUGCGUGCUUUUAGCUGAUGAGUUUCAGGAUCAUUCUGCUUUACAGCGGGAAUCUGGAGAAAAAAUACAUUAGUAUGACACCAAUGAAUGACUUACUUUUAAGUUUUUCUCUUUCUCAAACAGUGUGUGUUUUACUAUGAAAUGGUAGACCUACAGAAAUGUUCAUAAUGAUAUAUAAUGUGGAGGCUAUUUUUUCUGUCUUUAUUUUUAUUCAUUUUAGUUGUCUGCAUUUAUACAGUAUACCAAUUUACCGUAUGUACAAUACAAACCACAUUUAUUGGCAUCCCUGAUUUGCAAACAGCCUGAAAAUAAAGAACGUUUAUUGCAGCAACAUUAUCUCUAACCCUAAAAAUGUUAUAAUAUUGAGUAAAUUUAUUUGGGUGGAAGAAAUACCAUGUGCAGAAAUAGUUUUUACCUAAAUCACUGGCUGCACACUUGCCGGUUCACCUUUUGCCAAUAGGACAAGUAACACUUAGUCUUCUUAUAAAAUAUCACAAGGGUGGAGUAUUUAGAGAAAGGAAUAUUUGGAAGUGAAACACAUCCACAGCAUCACAGAUCCUCCACCAUACUUAACAGUGGGCAUGAGGUGUGUUUUCUACCUAAUCAAACUUUAUUCAAAGCCAAACCAACCUGGACUGUUUGGUGUGAAAAAGAUUGAUCUUAGUGUUGUUUGAACAGAGCACAGAGUUGCCUUUUUUGGCAUCACUCCCAAACAACCAGUUGGCAUGUAGAUAACUUAUGGUUUUCAUGGAGACUUGGUGUAGGAAAAGUGCACACUUUUUUCUGUCAGCUGAGUGGCAGUGUGCAGCAAUGUGUGGGAAAGGCCAGCACUGUCACUUUAUGCUACAUACUGCUGGAGAAAACUCAAGUUUGUCUGGCACCAUAGAACCAGGGAUAUUGAACAUUUUCUGUUUUUUGAACAGUAACGUUUCGAAUACCAGUAACCGGUAAGUCAUUGAUUACGAUUUAGACAUAUUUACAAAUACUGAUCAACAUAAAUGCCGAAGCACACAUUUCAUAAAAAUGUUUAAGUGACAUUUAUUUCACAAGGAUUGUUCAGCAGUGCCAUUGAUUUAGUUAAAAAACAAUCAUUCUUAACCCAAUUUUUUCUCCACUGAAUAAAUGUGCUCAAUGGCUGGGUUUUGUAAAUGUUAGUGAGACAUAAUGCUACUUAAAGCAUCUUACACUGUAUGAAAGGAGAAAUUUGAUGGUUUUUUUUUUUUAGGACAGAAUCUAAUUCAGCCUAAUUCAACUGGCAGGCCUGCUGUUUCAAUAGAAGCCCAUUGAAUGGAAAUAUAAGGGAAAGUAAUGCAUUCAAAUCACAUAGUUCUGUGCUGAUGUUGUUCUAAUUAUCCUUGAGAUUACUUCGUUUUUAAGAAUGCAGUUUUAUGAUAAGCUUGUAGUGCUUGUUCAAAUGCCUGGGAUUCAGUGUGAGAGCAGAAAAGUAAUGAAUACUGGACUGGACUCCUCUUAUUUGGCCAUCAGGGCUGCUGAGUUGAAGACCAAAAAAAACAAGUGAUCAAAUUUAGCUGCAACAAAUUACCAAGGCCUUUGGCAAAGCUAUCACUUAAUGCAUUUCUGUGGAAACAAAUGAGUACAAAUCUUUAAGUGUCAAAGGUUUCACAGAAGGCUCUCUCAGAGUGCAGUUCAAGGGAGCAGCUGUGUGACUGACACACAGUGAACCUAAUGCACUCUUAGCUGCCUUUCAGCCAUUUAUUUUGACUUGCUGUAAAGCUAAUCAACUGUGGAUUUCUUUGCUUUGCUCAGCACUUUGAAUUGUCAUUUGUCUCUAAAUAAACAUUUAAUUAAUGUCAUUUUGGCCAUGUGUUUUUAAGACUUGUUCCAGUGUUUCCAUGGUGAUUGCCUCUGAGGUUGCAGCUGUCUGUUUUAGUGAUGUUGAACCUGAAACCUUUUACUUGAACUGCUGUUUUGGUCACACCAAAUCAAUAUCACAUUUCUGACUCUUGGAGGAACUCUGCUUGUUUUUAAUGCUUUCACCUUCUUGCACAUUUUUAUCAUGUAUUUUUUUUUAUAAACCCGAUGUGUAUUUAUUUGCAUGACAUACUUUAGACAUCAGUUGUCUCUUUUCUUACUGUGAGGAGUAAGGAAUAGGUCUAAUCUGGUCAGUUUGCCUGACAGCAUGUUGGUCUGUCUGUCCUGUCCUCCUGCUCUGUCUCACUGUCUGUCUUUUAAAUAUAAGGACAGAGAGUAGCACGGCUGACGUUAAGCGGAUGAUCAGACAUAGACAUUUCUUUUCUUCUUACUUCGUGGCUCUUUAAAUCAUUUGAGUUGAGGAGACUAUGACUGACUACCACGUUGUCAAAAAAUCUUUGUACUGUCUCUAGCUCUCAUUUUAGCAUUGGCCAUGACCUUUGCUUAAAAGCAAUAUAUUUAAGGGAACUAUGAUUAAUGGAUAUUAAGUUAAAUUAUAGACUAUAUUUGCACCAUUUAGGUUCUUAUAGUACACGAGGCAAAGCUCAGCAAUGUGGGUGUUCAAGCACAUCCAUGCAAGUUAAAACCAGCUAAAAAGCACUGACUUACAGUGCCUUGCAGAUAUAUUCAUACCCUUUGAACCUUUUUCACAUUUUGCAACAUUAUAACCACAAACAUUUUGGUGUGUUUUCUUGGGAUUUUAAGUGGCGGUUAAUUUAGAUGUGAAAGGAAAAAUGACACAUGGUAUUCACAAUUGUUUUGCCAAUAAAUCCCCCACCCAUCAACUGACCAGCAUCAUUGCCCUUAUUGAAGAAAAGCAACCCCGCAACAUUAUGCUGCCACCGCUGUGUUUUACGGUGAGUAUGGAGAUCCGGAGGGAUAGGCAGCAUUAGUUUUCAUCACACAUUGCAUUUGUACAUUUUAAAUUAGCAGAGCAACUUUCAUCCAUGUUAGGUGUGCCCACAUGUAACUUUGGCCAGUUUAUUUUGUCUCUGCAAGAGUAAUAGUUGUUCUGUCAACAGACUUUCAAUUCUUAGCUUUGCAUCUCUGUAGCUCCUCCAACGUAACCUGGGUCUCUUUGAUUGAACACUGCUGCAAUGGAUGUCCAAAGCUUGAGUUAUUGUUUUGUUGAACAACUGUAUUCGUACUAAGAUUAAGUUACACACAGUAGACUAUAGAUACUGAUUAGAAGAACUUUUAAAAGCCAUAAAUAAUUUCUUUCCACUUUAUAAAUAUCCACUUUUUGUGUUGCUCUAUCACAUGAAAUGAAAAAUACAUUGAAGUUUGUGGUUGUAACGUAACAUAUUCAAAUCUUUAUUGGUUAUGUUUACUUUUGCAAGGCACUGUAUAUAUUCAGACCACACAUGUAAAAGCCAUGAAGCUCUGAAUUCUCUGUAAAGCAGAGAGAUCUGUCUUGCAUUGUUUAACACAAACCUGCCCGUAGACACAGCACCAACCCAGAUCUGCUGAAAGCUAUAGGCACAGCUACCUAGUUUACUACUAAGCAUCGCCACGACCCUUUGCUUUACUGUAGUAAGGUGAUUCUUGUAAAUGGCAUGAGCAUUCAUGAUGAUUAACCCUGACUGACGUUCUAAAUGCGAGGCAUUAGAUAUAUGAAGAGUACACCGAAGAGUUAGGUGAUGGUUUCUGUGGUAACCCUCUUUUAUUUAGGUUUCAGGUCCUCCUAUCUUUUUUUUCUUCCUGUCUGUAUAUACAACAUUUUGUUUCUACAUUAGAAUGUUGUAAAGUCACCACUUCCUUAAAGAUCUCAUUCAUGCAACUCCACCUUUUAAAAACUGUUUGUACUUCCCCUCCCUCAGUGAUGGGAAUUUAACAUUCAGUAGUGGGCUAUUAUGCUGAAAUGUUUCUUUUUUUCUAUUUUGCUUUACUUUAAUAUUGCAUAAGGUAAUUCCAGUCCAUUUAUAAAAAAAAAAAAAAAAGAUAUGUAUUAAAGGUAAACUGUAUGAGAAAAUGUUAACAAAAUAAAGUUGUUUGAAGUCAG